AUGGGGUUAUCACCGGUGCGAGAGCUAUCAGAAAGGGAACAACACGAAGCUUCUUUAGCUGACGUCUACGAUCAAUUGGGCGAGAUGCGAAGCUCUGAAAGCAAGAUGAAGGAUCGACUCGAGACGAUGGGUUCACAAAUGAGUUCACAAAUUGAAUCUUUGGGUAACAAAUUGAGGAUUCGCGAUCAGAGAUUGGAGGAUCUUGGAAGAAAGCUGGACUUGGUUCUUAAUUCUCUCCCUGGAAUUGAGACGGUACGCGAGGUGGGUGGUUCAAGCCAAUCGGGACCAUCGCGAUUUCAAGAAAACCAAAACCAGGUACGUUUCUCUCCUUUGGAACCAUGCCGUAGCAAUAUUAGACCUGGGUUGCGUGAGAAUUUGAUGAAGAACGUUGAGAUGGCUGUGUUUGAUGGAGUCGGAGUUUAUAGUUGGGUUGCUCGAGUGGAAAGGUUUUUUCGUUUGGGAGGUUAUAACGAUGAGGAGAAGCUAGCCUUGGUGUCAGUGAGUUUGAGUGGUGAAGCACUGAGCUGGUAUAAUUGGGUGAUCAACACUAGAGAAUUUAACAGUUGGAUGCAGUUCAAAUCAAGUUUGAUGCUAAGAUUUGGAAACCUGAAGAUCAGAGAACCAAGCCAAAGUUUAUUUUGCAUUAAACAGACUAGUUCCCUAGCGGAUUAUAUACAACGAUUUGAGGACUUAUCUUCUCAAGUGAGUGGACUUGAUGAACAUAAGUUGGAGGGCAUAUUUCUUAAUGGAUUGACACAAGAAAUGCAAGAGCUCGUACACAUGCAGAAGCCUCGUAAUUUGGAUGAAAUGGUGGCAGAAGCUAGAGCAAUGGAGUCGAGUAUUAUGCGAAGAUUGGUGAGAAAGGAGCCUAUACUUGCUAAUAAGGAGAAUCAAAGCUCAACUCACGAGGGCAAUUCUCUUUACAAUACAAAUACUUGGAAGACGAAGACGUUGGUAACUGACACGAUACAAACUAGUGAGAAGCAAGCUGGUAGAGUGGAGCAAAGACCUAGAAGGCAUAGUACAAAUGCAGAGCUAGAUGAAAAGAGGAAGAAAGGGCUUUGUUUCAAAUGUGAUGGACCCUGGUCUAAGGACCACAAAUGCCCCAACAAAGAAUUAAGAGUGUUGACAGUGUUGAAUGGAUAUGAAGUUGAAGUUUUGAAUGGUAAUGUCGAUGGGAUUGCUGGUCCUACAACCACCAAAGUCAGAGGAUCGGUUGGGAAAGAAGCUAUAGUGAUUAUGUUAGAUAGCGGAGCCACUCACAACUUUAUCUCUCUGGAAGCAGUAAAGAAGUUAAAGCUUAAAUGCAGAGCAAACCCAGACUUGAAUAUCAAACUGGGAACAGGAAUAUUAGUGAAUGGGUUAGGGGUCUGUGAGAGAGUGACAUUCUCUACUCAAGGCCUAGAGUUCACAACUGACUUCAUUGUGUUGGAACUGGGUCAAGUGGAUGUAAUUCUGGGAGUUUACUGGUUAAGAACCUUAGGCGAGUGCAGAGUGAAUUGGGAGAAGAAUGAAAUGUCCUUCCUAUACAAGGGCAAGAUGGUGUCAUUAAAAGGAGAACCUGACCUACUCAUUUCCAAAAUGUCUUUGAAAUCCUUGUCAAGUGGGAAGGUGGCGAAGGAGUUAUGCAAUAACCAAGUGUUACCAGCGAUCGCAGAACCUAUUCCCGAGAGAAUUCAAGAGGUUUUGGCAGAGUUUGAUUGCGUAUUUGUGAUACCUACAUCAUUACCACCAAUCAGAGGAAGAGAACAUUCGAUAUCAUUGUCCGCAGGUACCACUGCAGUGAGUGUUCGGCCUUACAGAUAUCCUCAUGCUCAGAAAGAAGUAAUGGAGAAAAUGGUUGGAGAAAUGUUAGAAGCAGGAAUCAUAAGACCAAGUCAAAGUCCUUUUUCUAGUCCAGUAUUAUUGGUUAAAAAGAAGGACAGCAGCUGGCAUUUUUGUGUUGAUUACAGAGCACUAAACCGAGCUACAAUUCCAGACAAGUUCCUAAUACCAAUAAUUGAUCAGCUUCUGGAUGAACUCAAUGGUUCUGUACUUUUUUCAAACUGGAUUUCAGAGCCGGAUACCAUCAAAUACGAAUGA